AGAACCCAAAAAGGUUAAAACAAGCGUACCAGAGUGAAUUGACCCAUAGGGAGCGAUGUAUCAACAAUCCACGAGUCAUGAGCGGAGAGAAGCUCCAUAUUUCCAUGGUAAAGUGGUACAAUUACUUUUGCAACGCACCGAUAUUCAAAAAGUAAUUGCAGCACCCAUUGUCAAAGUCAUCUGCGGGAAAUGGUUGAUCGAUUGGAAGAACCUCUACGCAUCACUUGAGGUGUUAGAUCGCGAAGUACAAAUUGCGGACUACGAGGAUAAGCCCCGCGAUGUGAGAGCUUCGUGGGAGCUGUUUAGACAACUAGGCCUUCAGCGCGAAUGGGAGGAACGCCAGCAGAGGUGGAAGCUACUUAUGAUGCUCGAGCAUUGUCGAUAUACAGACAGCACGCUGAGUUACGAUUGACUAUUCACCCUCGUUGGCCUCGCAUCCGAUGCCAACGAGGCCGACUUCGAGCC